ACGCCAAAAGCCAGCAAGUCAAAGCUCGAGACACAGCAGAAUGGAGCUCGCAUACCUGUAUACCAAGCAACGCGAGAGCUUCGGCCGCUACUGCGACUUCCGCAAUGUGGACGCCAAGGUGCUUGAGAGCAUUCCGUGCACUGACGCACUGGAGAAUGACUACGUACGACGAAGACCCAUGGUAACCCGACUGGACACGACGCCGCACAUGUCCGAGCACGAGGUGAACACAGAGAGAUUGGUGACCAAGCACAGUAGUAUGCGGCACGUGGAGGGUGGGUGGCCCAAGGAUGUGGAUCCGGCCGAACAGAGCGACGUGCAGCGGUUCCGCAAGAAAGCAGAGAAAGAUGACGACUACAAACAAGCAGUCAAGUGUCUUGGACCAGUGGUGGACCGUGCGCUGAAGCAGAACAACACCAUCAACAUCUAUCAGGACUACUUUGCACACAUGGGUGAGGCCGCUACGACAGAACAACCCAGUGCAAAGGGUCUUGCAGUCUUUCGGGAUCCCGAACCUGUCAAACGCACAGUCUCGCAGAUCGACUGGCACCCCGAAAGUCCGCAGAAGAUGGCAGCGUGUUACUGCAUCCUCAACUUCCAGGAUCCUAAGUUCGCAUCGGCGCGACUUCCAGCCAACUCGUAUAUCUGGGAUGUACUGAACCCGAAUACACCGGAGACGACUCUGAAACCAGCUUCCCCGUUAGUUUGCAUGCGCUACAACCCGAAGUCCGUCGAUCAGCUCGUAUCUGGGUCUUAUAACGGACUCAUCUCGUUCUUUGACCUCCGUAAAUCCGGUGCCGCACCUGCAGAGACAUCUAUCAUCGAGCACUCACACCACGACCCCGUGUACGACGUGUUCUGGAUCUCAAGCAAGACUGGAAACCAGUGCUGCUCUGUCUCGACCGAUGGCUGGAUGCUUUGGUGGGAUAUCCGCCACCUUGCACAGCCUACACACAAGCUGCUUCUAACUGACAAAGACGGCCUUGCAUUUGGCGGGUCGUCCAUGGAGUACAACACGGAAGCUGGCCCUACCAAAUACCUCGUUGGCACGGAACAGGGGGCAGUGCUUAGUGUAAAUCUGAGGAAUGCCAAGCAAAAUAAUGGCAUCACUAUGUAUGAUAUCGGUGCGGGAAAACACCAUGGAGCUGUAUGUGCGAUCCAGCGUAAUCCCACGCACAACAAGUUUUUUCUUACCAUUGGUGACUGGACUGCUCGCUUGUGGUGCGAGGAUCUCAAGACCCCCAUCAUGAGCACCAUCUACCACGAUUCGUACGUAACUGCUGGCUGCUGGUCGCCUACACGCGCUGGAGUCUUCUUCGUCACUCGAAUGGAUGGCGUUGUGGACAUUUGGGACUUCUUCUACCGUCAGAACGAGGUGGCGUACUCACACAAGGUCGGAGACGUGGCUCUCUCGUCUGUCAGUGUGCAAGGCAACGCAGGGUCCGGUGGCAAGCUCGUAGCUGUGGGAGACUGCAACGGCAUGAUCUCGCUCAUGGAACUGUCGGACGGCCUCGCAGUCUCGCAGCCAAAUGAGAAGGCCGCUAUCAACGGCAUGUUUGAGCGUGAGACGAAGAGAGAGAAGAAUCUGGAGGCCAAGGAGAAAGAACUGCGCCGUAAGAAGGCUACAAUGGAGGAGGGAGCGGCGGACGAUCGCGGUGGCAGCCUCAAGGACGACAAGAUGGAGGAGCUGCUGCGCACAGUGGACGCCAACUUCCUGGGCAUGAUCAAGGAGGCGGAGGACUCGGAGAACAAGAAUAUGGAGCACAAGGGCGGUGAUGCGCUGGGCGGCAAGGGCGAUGAAGACAACUAGCAAUAGCGAUCCAUAGUGUUGAGUAUAGCUGAGCCUUUUGACAUGCAAGUUGAAGUAAGAGUGAUGGUCACUUGGUUUCCCUUCCGU